AUGGCGGGCCGUCACUCAAGGCGCGGCGGCGGCGUCACGUUCUCCGCCGCGGGGCGGCUUCUCCUCGUGCUCAUCCUCGCAUUGAUGCUCCAGACGCCCUCCGUGUCCGCCCGCCACUGGUUCUGGAAUGACGGUCUCUUCCCCGUCGCCACCACAGGCGAAGGGAACGCCGCCGGCGCCGCGCCGCUCACCGCCACGGGGGUUCCAUUCCCAACGCCAGCCCCGACGGCGCCGACGCCGGCGGCGCCAACGUGCAACGACGCGCCUGUGGACCCUUCGAUCGUGUCUGCGGCAUCACCUGGCAAUCCGUGUUCGGCGCUGGCGGCGGAGCUAAUACGCGCUGCGGAGAAAUUGGGGAACAAAACUGGAGGGAAAGGGUUCGCGGCUCCUUCUCUCUUCCGCGCAUGCCACUCCACAUUCCUGUUCAGGAAGGACUGCGACGCGGAAGACCUGCUGUCGAUCGCGAACGCAUUUGACAAUCUUUACGUGUACAAGCUCAUUUCCAUGGACUCGCCCGACCAGACCAACCUGCCGAGCCGCCUCGAUAUUGUCGCGGACCUGUGGAAAGUCGUCAAGGACGCCGUUGGGGGAAAGUACGCGCGGCUGGUGGACGCGCACAUGGCGGCGUUCCGAGCGACGCUGGCGCUGAAUGAUGGGCACUGCAUGUUCAUGCCGGAGUGCUUCGUUGGGAGCUACGACCUGCCGCUGCCGCUCAUGGCUGUCGUCGAAAACGGGCAGCAGAUCAUCCGCGUUGCGCCAUGCCGAUUUUUCAGGGAUGGAAGCACAACGGUGUACCUGUUGGGCAACAGCACAGCGGUGGUGUGGAUUCACCAGUUCUUUUUCAGCGAGGCAGUGAUGAAGGUGUUGCAGGCCAAUAAGGUGGACCCGGAGAUGUACAUGGUCAUGGAAGUCACCAAGGCCCUCAACACCGCUGCAGCAUCAGUAUUCCUCUCCACCUCCUCUUACUCCUUUCCACCUCCUCCUACUCCUCUCCACCUCCCCCUACUCCUCUCCACCUCCCCCUACUCCUCUCCACCUCCCCCCUCUACUAGUCCUCUCCCAUCCCCUUCCUUCCUUCUACUACCCCCUUACGCCUCUCAGAUCAUCAUCAUCACAUACGUGCGUGACAACGGUGGCGGUUCCGUUGCAGCAACGCUCAUGUCCCCCCAUUUGUCCCCCCAUGUGCCCCCCGUGUCCCCCCAUGUGGCCCCCCACGUGUCCCCCCACGUGUCCCCCCAUGUGGCCCCCCACGUGUCCCCCCAUGUGUCCCCCCAUGCGUCUCCCUAUGUGUCCCCCCAUGUGUCCCCCCAUGUGUCUCCCUAUGUCUCCAACGCCUCGCAGAUCAUCAUAGACGUGCGGGGCAACGGGGGCGGGUACACGGCAGCGGGGUACACAGCCAUCCGGCUCCUCAUGGGGGCAGCCAAGGUCCCCGACUCCGACUUCGCCCUGCCAGUGGACGGCAUCAUCGGCACCGUGUACGCCGAGAUCGCCAUCACCGCGCUCUCCAUCGACCCCACCACGCAGUACUUCAUAGGGCUGUACGCAAACCUCAACGGGACCGGGUUCACCAGCGCCUUUGACUACGCGCCUUUCCGCGAGCUCCGCUUCACGGUGGCUGGCCCAGCAGGGAAAUACUCGGCGCCGUUCAAGUUGAAUAAGCAGUUUACGGGCAAGCAGGAGCAGCCGGUGUUUGGGGAUCGCCCGUUCCUGGUCCUCAAUCUUGCUGCCUUGGUGCCACAGAACGCGUCGUUGCCUCUCAAUGUGAAAGGGGCGGUUGGCAUGGCGCUUACUAACGGGUAUGUGGAUUCGAAGAUUCCGUGCGAGUUUGUGUUUCUGCCCAGCCAGCAUCACAUCAACUACACCGUUGAUCUGAUUGGCAAGCCCUGGGCCAUGUGGAGUGAGGUGGCCAAGCUCUUUGACUCAUGUGCAGUAUAG